AAAAUCUUACAUUCUUUAGUAAAAAUUGGUUAAUUUAUAUUUAAACAAGUGGAAGUUGAUGCAACUGUUUAAUAUUUUUUUAAACUAAAGUGAAGGUUCCAGAGGUUCAAUCCUAAAAACUGAUCAUCUGUUUGUGUUUGAUCUGCUGCCACUGUUCCAGUCUCGGCUGCUGUUUCGGAAGACUUAUAUAAGACUGAAGGCUAGGAGAACAAUGGCACACGAUCACAACAUACACACUUACUGUAUAACACACACACGUAGUAGUGUGGAGUGUAUAUUAUACAUUAAUUCAGUUCUCAGAGGAAGAAAUUAAUAAAUAAAACAUUUGCUAAAGCUUUGCCAUCAUAGGAUAAUAAUGUAAUUUGUUGUGGGUUUUUUUUCUGUAAAUUCAUCAGCUCCAUGAGGGAAGAGAAGCCUAUAAUGAAGUUUUGGAGCAAUUUUAACAGUAAAGGUCAUUGAUGUGCACAAUGCAUGUGAUUGCAGCAUGAUUUUAGCUUUUUUUCUGAAUAUCUGCAGGUCUUAAAGGUACAAUAUGCAUAGAUUUUACAAAACAGUCUAAUGUCUCGAUGUUGGAAGGAAGGUUAUACUGAAGCAGAUUUCCUUCUCAUUCUGCAGGGGAUUUGUCAGAUUUUUCUCCUUUCAAAAAAGAACGUCUGUCAGGCUAUGAAACUCUUCGUCAUCAUGCCGUCUUGGGUCCACUUCUUCCUGCUCCUCCUAAUUCAGUCAGCGUGGUCGUGGUUGCCGCAGGACAACACCACAGACGAUUUUCAGACUAUCAAUCUGGCAGCCAUAUUGCCUGUCACUAACACUAAAUACCCAUGGGCGUGGCCUCGUGUUGGCCCGGCGCUUCACAUGGCCAUUCGGAAGGUGAACUCUGACCCUUGGCUUCUACCAGGUAUGAAGCUACGUUUGAUCUACAACAACUCAGAGAACCACGAGGGCUACUGUUCAGAAUCCAUGGCGCCGCUGGCCGCCGUGGACCUAAAGAUGUCCUGUGAUCCCUGGGCUUUCAUUGGGCCUGGUUGUGUCUACUCUUCCUCACCAGUUGCUCGGUUUACCUCCCACUGGGAUGUUCCUAUGGUGACCGCUGGGGCUCCUGCAAUAGGCUUCAGCAUCCACACAGCCGUCACCAACACAGGCCCCACACACAUCAAGCUGGGUGAGUUUGGUUUGAAGAUCCAGGAGAUGUUUGGGUGGCAUCGGCAAGUUGUGCUUCUUUAUGAUGACAACAAGGAUACCAAUGAUGACAGAAAGUGCUACUUUACUGUGGAGGGGCUGUACACGCAACUGCAGAAGCACAAUAUCACCUCGCACGACUACUCACUGGAGGGGGAAAUCGACUACAAACGUGUGGUCAAAACUAUCUGCGAGAACGGCAGAGUGGUCUACCUGUGCUGCACCUUGGACGUGUUCAGGAAACUGAUGAUCCAGUUCUGGAAGGAGGGUGUGGAGCUGGAAAACUUUGUCUUCUUCUUCGCUGAUCUUUUCGCUGAGGAUCUGGGUGGCGGUCGACCCAUUAAGCCCUGGUUUAAAGGAGACCAGGAUGACAAUGUGGCCAAACUUGCCUUCAGGAGUGUGAAGCUGCUGACCUACACGGAGCCUCAAAAUCCAGAGUAUCCCCAGUUUGUGAAAACUCUGAAGAGCGAAGCAAAGCAGAUGUCCAACUUUACUAUUGAAGACUCUCUGUUCAACCUGAUAGCUGCAGGCUUCUACGAUGGAGUGAUGAUGUACUCUCAGGCUCUGAACGAGACCCUGAGCCAGCAGAUGGCAGGAUCCGGACCGGUGAAGAGACCCAGUGGACAUGUGGUGACCCAGAGGAUGUGGAACAAGACCUUCCCAGGAGUGAUGGGGAUGGUGGAAAUGGACGCCUCUGGAGACAGAGAGACGGACUUUGCUCUGUGGGACAUGACGGAUGUGGAGUCUGGGGAAUUUCAGAUAGUGUGUGUGUAUAACAGCAGCAUAAAGCAGCUGGUCCUGCAGAACGGCCUAAACUUCCAGUGGCCCAGCGGCAAUCCUCCUCCCGACGUCCCCGUGUGCGGCUUCAAGAACGACAACCCAGCCUGCCUCACACGCACAGUUACAAUGCAUCAGAUGGUUGCCAUAGUGAUCUGCUUCGUCUUCAUCAUCAUUGUCACCAUCACCAUAUUUAUCUACAGGAAGUUGAAGCUAGAGAGUGAACUGGUUGCUGAGCUGUGGAGAGUUUCCUGGGAAGACAUCCAAAUGAGCAACCUAGAAAAAACCAUGAGAAGGACUUGCAGCAGGCUCACCAUGUCUCUGAAAGGAUCUAACUAUGGUUCUCUGAUGACCAUGGAGGGAAAUUUUCAGAUCUACACUAAAACUGGAUACUACAAGGGUAAUCUGGCAGCCAUCAAAUACAUCAACAAGAAGCGAAUUGAGCUGACGAGAAAAGUUUUGUUUGAACUUAAACAUAUGCGAGAUGUUCACAAUGAACAUUUAACUCGUUUUAUUGGUGCCUGCCUCGACCCACCAAACAUGUGCAUCAUUACAGAGUACUGUCCCAGGGGCAGCCUUCAGGACCUGAUGGAGAGCGACGGGAUCACUCUGGACUGGAUGUUCAGAUACUCUCUCAUCACUGACAUCGUCAAGGGUAUGGCAUUCCUCCACAACAGUGUCAUUGUUUCCCACGGCUCCCUGAAGUCGUCCAACUGUGUGGUGGACAGCCGAUUCGUCCUGAAGAUCACAGACUAUGGCCUGCAGAGUCUCCGCACCUGCAGCUACCCUGAGGACACACAUGCUUACUACGCACGUAAAUUAUGGACAGCUCCUGAGCUCCUGAGAGCAGACUGUCCUCUCCCUUGUGGGACCCAGAAGGGGGAUGUCUACAGCUUUAGUGUGAUCCUGCAGGAAGUGGCUCUGCUAAAAGGAGUCUUCUUCCUCGAGUCACAAUCCCUCACUCCUAAAGAGAUCAUCCAGGCGGUGAUUCAGGGCGGUGUCCCUCCCCUCCGUCCCUCCCUCUGCUUCCACAGUCACAGCGAGGAGCUCGGGGUCCUGAUGCAGCGCUGCUGGAGCGAAGAGCCAAGCGAGCGGCCCGACUUUAACACCAUCAAGAUCCUGUUGAGGAAGCAGCACAGAGGUUAUGGUUCCAACAUCCUGGACAACCUGUUGUCUCGUAUGGAGCAGUACGCCAACAACUUGGAGGAGCUGGUGGAGGAACGAACGCAGGCUUAUAAUGAGGAGAAAAGAAAAGCUGAGGCCUUGUUGUACCAGAUCCUACCACAUUCUGUAGCUGAGCAGCUGAAACGAGGCGAGACAGUUCAGGCUGAAGCUUUUGACUCCGUCACUAUCUACUUCAGUGACAUAGUGGGCUUCACGGCUCUAUCUGCUGAGAGCACGCCGCUGCAGGUUGUGACUCUCCUAAAUGAUCUCUACACCUGCUUUGAUGCCAUCAUUGAUAACUUUGAUGUCUACAAGGUGGAGACCAUCGGGGAUGCAUAUAUGGUGGUGUCGGGUCUGCCGGUCAGAAAUGGUAAACUACACGGGCGGGAGGUGGCCCGGAUGUCUCUCGCUCUGCUGGACGCUGUCAAGAACUUCAAGAUUCGACACCGAUCCGAUCAGCAGCUUCGGCUUCGCAUUGGCAUUCACAGCGGCCCUGUGUGCGCUGGUGUAGUUGGGUUAAAGAUGCCAAGGUACUGUUUGUUUGGGGACACCGUCAACACUGCAUCACGAAUGGAAUCCACAGGGGAGGCACUGAAGAUUCAUGUGUCAGAGGCAACUCGCCAGGUCCUGCAGGACUUUAGCUGCUUCCUUCUACAACUCAGAGGAGAAAUCGAAGUUAAGGGCAAAGGACGUAUGAGGACAUAUUGGCUGCUAGGAGAACAGGAAAAAAACUGACAAAGGCUUGUGGAGACUGAAGGAAGACACGUGUGGGAAUGACCUGGAUUCAUGGAUGAAAGUCAAAGCUGACAGGCCUAUCUGAACUGGUUUCAUCAAAAUGAGAAGAAACAGAUCCAGUCAAGACAAAUGUUUCACUGUAAAUUAAGUAAUCUGGAGGAAAGAUUUGUAAAUACAAAAAUAAAAUUUAUUAUUACUUU